GUUAAAUUGCUGACAGUAAAUAUGAUUUUAGUCUCUUCUCAACUUCCAAACAAACAUCAACGAUUAUAUUGCCUUAACAUUUCUAUAUUUAAAAUUAAACAUGGUUAAAAUAUGUUUUAAAAUGAUAUCUGUAUUGGCAAUUGGUACUGGAACAACAUUACUAUUAGCCUGGUAUUAUUUAUCAAAAAAUAAAAAACAAAAACCACCUAAAAAAUGGCAUAAAGUUGGUGAAUUAUCAGGUCUUUAUAUAUUCCCAGUUAAAUCAUUCAGUUUUAUACAAGAAAAUUCACUGGAAUGUACUCAGCUUGGUUUAAAAUCUGGCUGGCUUCGUGAUCGAACACUCAUGGUUAUAGAUCAUGAUAAAAAAUUUCUAACACUUCGUCAGCAUCCAAAAAUGGUUCAUAUAAAACCAAGUGUAACUGAUACAACUUUGACUCUAGCUGCUCCAGGAAUGACAUCAAUCAGUAUUGAUUUAUCAAACGUUGGUAAAAUAUUUAACACACUGAUUUAUGGUCAACAAGUACCAGCAAGUGAUUGUGGUAAUGAAGUAGCUAAAUGGCUAUCAAAUUAUUUACUCCAGGAAGAGAGUGGACUACGACUUGUUUAUUAUCCACUUGAUGAACCGUAUCGUGACAUCAGCAGUUCAUUAAAAGUAUUUCCGUUAUUAAAGAAUGAACAUGCUGGUGCAUAUGGUGAUGAAUCAUCAUACUCACUUCUUAAUGAAUCUUCAUUGGCACAUUUAAACACUCGUCUUGAUGAGCCAAUAACUGCUGACCAAUUGAGAAUGAAUUUUAUUGUCAAAGGUGCUGAGCCACAUGACGAGGACAAUUGGGACUGGAUUAAAAUUGGUGAUGUUACAUUUAGAAAUAUUAGACCUUGUACCAGGUGUGCUGUUACAACUGUCGAUCCAAAAACUGCAACUAAACAUCCAAACUUUGAACCUGUCAAGACACUCAGAAAAUAUCGUAGUCCAGAUGAUCCAGAUGUUCGUAAAUUCGUCAAAGGCAGUCCUGUUAUGGGCAUUCAUUUGGGACUGAUGGGAACAAAUGGAUUUGUCAAAAUAAAUGAUCCAGUUUAUGUUGGAAUUAAUGGUGAUUAAUUUAACAAAUAAAUAGUCUUUUUUUUUUUUUUCUUUUUUCUUAUUUUAAUAACAUUUAUUUACACUACAAAAUAAUUGGGAAGUUUAACGUAAAAUUGAUGGAUAUACAUUUUUCUAAAUCAUCACUUUGUUUUUUUUAUAAAAAAAAUAUAUAUAUUUAUUCAAAGUAACAUAUGAGAUAUAUAAUUUAAUUGAUUAUGUAAAUAAAAUUUAAGAAAUUUAUUUCGUUUUGUAGGGGUUAUUAUUUAACGUACUUGUAUAGAGGCAGUGGAGGCAUUUCGAGCCAAUAAGACCCUGGCAAUAUAUUUACAAGUUAAAUUUCACAUAACACACAAUGAUGUCAUUAUCAUCAUUAUCAUCAUCAUCAUCAUCAACUAUAUUCUAUCUAAAAAAACAAGGCAUUGAAUAAUUUUUCAUUUAAAUUAAAAUCGUUGUCAUGAAUUUAAAUGAUCACUAUGAUUUUCACAAUUUACGAGUCUUCACGCUCGGUCAGUUGUUUAACAAAUAAAAUGAAAGUCAAAAUAAAAAAUAUAUUUAAAAAAAAAAAAAACAAAAUAGAAAAUAAUAAAA